ACCGAUGCACAAGUGAGCUUGCUCACCGAUGCACAAGUGAGCUUGCUCGCCGAUGCACAAGUGAGCUUGCUCACCGAUGCACAAGUGAGCUUGCUCACCGAUGCACAAGUGAGCUUGCUCACCGAUGCACAAGUGAGCUUGCUCACCGAUGCACAAGUGAGCUUGCUCGCCGAUGCACAAGUGAGCUUGCUCACCGAUGCACAAGUGAGCUUGCUCACCGAUGCACAAGUGAGCUUGCUCGCCGAUGCACAAGUGAGCUUGCUCACCGAUGCACAAGUGAGCUUGCUCACCGAUGCACAAGUGAGCUUGCUCGCCGAUGCACAAGUGAGCUUGCUCACCGAUGCACAAGUGAGCUUGCUCACCGAUCCACAAGUGAGCUCGCUCACCGAUGCACAAGUGAGCUUGCUCACCGAUGCACAAGUGAGCUUGCUCACCGAUCCACAAGUAGCUCCGGCAGUCUCUCAUGUGUAA